AUGGAAAUUGAUGAUAGUAGUAGCAAUAGUAGUAAUGGUCAUAACAGUAGUAGUAGUGGUGGUAGUGGUAGUAGUAGUGGUCAUAGGAGUAGUAGUAGUGGUAGUUGUGGUAGUAGUAGUGGUCAUAGCAGUAGCAGUAGUAGUGGUAGUAGUAGUAGUGGUAAUAGUAGUGGGGAGUGUUAG